CCACUUCACAACACUGACAAAAGUGGUUUCUGAUUUAAUAUUCUGCAUCCUCCUUUUGCAUAAUGUUUCCUCCUAAACUGGGUCUUGGGCUGUUCCGGCGGCUCCAAGUCACCCAUCUAUCUCCCCGCCGUCAUCUCACACACAAAAAUCUAUUGGAGCUAACGGAUAGGGGUUUCUUUCAAAGUAUUUUUCCGGAUACAGCUGCACCUAGGAUGAAGCAUUUGUUCACCAGUGGCCGGCAAAGCAUUUAUGCCGGCUUUGAUCCUACUGCCGAUAGCCUACAUGUUGGUAAUCUCCUCGUGAUCAUGGGCUUACUUCAUUGCCAACGAGCCGGUCAUAAACCCAUUGCCUUAGUCGGUGGAGCCACUGGUCUAAUUGGUGAUCCAAGUGGACGGAAAACUGAGCGCAAUCAGCUAGGCGAAUCUGUAAUUGAGACGAACCUAAAGGCUAUAGAGCAACAGUUGCUUCGUGUCUUUAAAAACCAUGAGGAUUGCCUCUGGGAUACUAAGAAAAACAAGUCCCCAUUAGCUCCUCUCACUAUAGUCAACAAUGCCGAAUGGUAUGCCAAUCUGCACCUUGUGGAGUUUAUAGCUAAUAUGGGUCGGCAUUUUCGUAUGGGAUCCAUGCUCUCGCGCUCUUCUGUCCAAUCGCGUUUGGAAUCAGAGGAUGGCAUGAGCUUCACCGAGUUUACUUAUCAGAUAUUCCAAGCCUACGAUUGGCUUCAUUUACUACAAAAACACAAUUGCUGCUUCCAAAUGGGCGGCUCCGAUCAAAUGGGCAAUCUGAUGACUGGUCAUGAGCUAAUCAGUCGUGUGGAACGCAAACGUGAAGUCUUUGGCCUUACACUGCCUAUAGUAACGAAUGAGGAGGGCGAUAAAUUUGGCAAAUCUGCAGGAAAUGCCGUUUGGCUAGAUCCAGAGAAGACUUCACCAUUUGCCCUGUAUCAGUUUUUCCUGCGCAUGCCGGACUCAGAGGUCGAGAAGCUAUUGAAGCUCUUUACAUUUAUACCCCUGCCCGAGGUGGAGCAACUGAUCAGAGAACACCAGAAAGAGCCGGAGAAGAGGAAGGCCCAGACUUUAUUGGCAGAAGAUGUUACACUGCUAGUCCAUGGCGAGAAUGGCCUGAAGCAGGCGGAACGUGUCACAAAUGCCUUAUAUAAAGGAAAUGUAGAGGCCUUAGCGGAACUUAACUAUGCAGAAAUCAAACAGACCCUUCAAGGAGCCAUUUUAGUGGAUAUGUUAAAAGAAUCUGGCAUGUCCAUACUCCAACUAGCCCUGAAAGCUAAAUGUUUUCCCACAGAGAACGAUGCUGUGCGCAUUAUCAAUGCCGGUGGAUUCUAUGUCAAUCAGAAGCGAGUCCAGAACAUAGCCGAAGUCAUCACCACUGGAGUUCACAUACUUCGCAAUGAUAUUUCCCUGCUGAGAGUGGGAAAACGCAAUUUUUAUAUCAUACGCUGGAAAUAAGUUAUAUUCUAUUGUUGACCUAAUUAUAAGAUAUUUGCUUUAAUUUA